AAACAACAGCGAACAAACUCACACGAAGUUGGCUUCUUCUUCUUCAGCGGCAUUAGGGCUACUUUCCAUUUCUUCAUCGCCGUUUUCUUCGCCGUCUCCGAUCGCCGCUAUCACUUUUGAACUCUGAACAUGUCGACUAUCAGUCUCUCGACAUCCUGCAUGGUCAAAAGUGCUACACCAAGGAGAUCCUAUGCCCUAGUGCAGAGGCCAUCUUCCUUGGGUGCUUUUAGGAAUGUAUCCCGGGCAUUUGGCUUGAAGUCUUCCUCAUUCAGAGUGUCAGCAAUGGCUUCUUACAAAGUGAAAUUAAUCGGACCAAACGGUGAAGAGAAUGAGUUUGAAGCCCCCGACGAUGCUUACAUUCUUGACUCGGCUGAGAAUGCUGGAUUGGAUCUACCUUACUCUUGCAGGGCUGGGGCUUGCUCUACAUGUGCUGGGCAAAUAGUUUCUGGGGAAGUUGACCAGUCGGAUGGAUCGUUCUUGGACGAUAAUCAGAUGGAGAAGGGGUAUCUGCUAACGUGCGUGGCAUAUCCACAAUCCGACUGUGUCAUCCACACGCACAAGGAAGGUGAUUUGUACUGAUGUCUUUGUUCGUUUUUUUUCGUUAUAUUAGACCAGUCCUGGUUGAACUACAUUCAUGCUCGACUUUUUAUGGCUUAGUUUUGAGGUUGAAUGUGUCCAUUGCAAGAACUGUGUACUUUCUACUGAGAAUUUUAAGUUUGCUGGUGGUAGCAUCCAUUGGGUUUUCAUGAAUAAUGGAUAUUCGUGUUAGUUUAAAAAGAAUGUUUGGCUUCAAAA